GAAAUUGCCAACCUCGAGCGCGAGAUCAGAGAUGCAGAGGCUCGGCUUGCAGAGCCCUUGGAGGAGGUGGACGAGACGCCGAACCAGGUCCUCCGGACAGAGUUGCAGAGCCUGCAAGCGGAGAACCAGGCCACUCUCCAGGCCGUCCAGCGCGUGCGCGAUGACGAAAAGGCCGCCCGCAAGGAGAUAGAG